AUGCGUCGUCUGUUGUGCACUGCGCUGCUCUUGCUGUGUUGUGCCUACGGGUGCAUUGCAGCUGUUGUGCAGCCGCUACCGCAGAAAGGACAGGGUCCCUGGGAUACGUACACCGUUGCUGAAGUUGGUUCUGUUCCUGAUCAUGAUAGUGGGAAAAAUAAUUUCGAACCCAUUCGUUUUGCUGUUUCUGCCAAAGAAAUUGAUAGGGUUUUGGCUUAUUGUAAAGAUUUUAAAGGGGUGUUGGAUGAAGAUCAGGAAGAAGAUAAGUAUGAACCCAAAAAAGAUGAGGAAGAAUAUGGAUUUCCACUUGAUCCCGAGGAAAUCAGUGAGUUUUGCGAAGGACAAAACGAGGUAAAACAGUAUAUGAGAAAAACGCUUUUAAGAAAAGUUCUUCCUGCUGCUCUCAAAUUACACAGUGAACGUCUCAGUGUUGAGCGUGAAAAGGAAAACUUGAUGGUGAGAAAGGACGUGGAUAAAUUUUCGUCCAAGUGUUCAAAUGUCUCAGUUCCAAAAAAGCAUCAAGAGCAAGGUAUACCCAACGUUGAUUUUGUGCUGUAUGUAGGUGUUAAAUCAUCACCUGACCCAGUUAACGACGCGAAGAUUUGCAGUAAGAAUGAAAAUGGUCGCCCUACAUCUGCUUUGAUUAAAUUCAUUCCCAAAGAAAUUGCUGAUACGAGGCAUUUUAUUCGCUUUGCUGCACAUGAGGUUGCACAUGCUCUUGGGUUUGAAACUGAAAUGAUGAAUAAGUAUUUUGAUGUCGUUGAAGAAGAAAACGCAGGCAACAAGUUAGUCUAUUUAGUGAAAUCCAACAAUCUUGUUGAUAAGAUGAUGAAAGCGCAGUAUGAUUGUUCAAAUGGUAAUGAAAUAAAGGGAAUGAUUUUGCAGAAUAAACCCACUGAAGAGAAACCUCCACACUGGAAGCGUCGUAUUGCGAAGGAUGAGUUGAUGAGUCCGUACACCUCUGAUCUUGACGCCAAAGAUGUGACUGGGGCGUACUACACAGCACUAACACUUGCCGUAUUUGAUUCUAUGCCAUUCUACAAAGCUAAUUUUGACAUGGCAGAAUCGAUGAGUUGGGGAAAAGAUGCUGGUUGUGAUUUUCUGAAGGGUGGAAAAGAAAAGAAAGACGAAAUAAUACAGAAUCAACCUAAAAUGUUCUGUAAUGAAGUCAAGCCUACUCUGCAAUGCACAUCUGAUCGUUUUGCGCUCGGAAUGUGCUCGGCGAAGGAGCAGCCUACGAUUCAUAUACCUUAUGAUUACCUUGAGCAGUAUUACUUAAUUGCCAAUAAUCCUGAUAAUGACCUGAUGGAUGGUUAUUCCAUUAUUAAGCCGAUUAUUAUGACUAGUUGUGAGGAGGGUAAGGUGGAGUUCAUGCCUGGCAGUAUUGUGAGCAACAUCUCUCGAUGUCUGAACGGUGACAGUCUGACACUAAAAACACCAAACGAAAAUGAUCUUACCGUUGGUGACAUUUGUGCUGAAGUAAGAUGUGAUGGUGGCAAAGUACAUAUCCGCUACGAGGGCAAUGACAAUUGGCACGAGUGUAAUGAUGAGAAGAGUGUCAUAAGGCCCACAGAAGACUCGGUAUUCAGCAGCGGGACCAUAAAGUGUCCCAAAUACUCUGAGGUCUGCAAUGACUUUUCUGAAGUUAAGGAUAUUAACUUCACAAUUGAAUAUGAUGAGGAUGUGAAACUCGAAAUAAAGAAAGAAAAGGAAGCAGAAGAUAAGGCACAAGAGAAAAAGCAACGCGAAGAAGAGGAUCGGAAAAAGAACGAACAAGAAGCGAAUGGGAAGGCGGAAGAAGAAGAGAAAUCCAACACACAAUCCGGACUGGCGUCACAGACCCAGCCUCAACAUCAUGUUCCUGCAUUGGCUGUAGACCAAAGGGGUUCAGCUGUAGCUGAUAAAGAAAAUGUCGAAUCACAUGUAUCUCCUGCUUCAUCACAGGCAAGAGACCAACGCGGUUCAUCUGCAGAGGGUGAAAAGGAGGUUUUUAUCUCCUCCAGCUGUACCUGA